AUGCUUGAUUAAACUCUUAAGUAUUUCUUUCAUUGAUUAAUGAUAGUCUUAUUUUUAAAGAUGAACAUAAUGGAAGCCUAGUUAAAUUAUAUCAUUUUAAAACAAUCUCAAAUGGAAUUGAACAUAACAAAUUUAACCACAUAAAAUAAUACUUCCAUAAACAAUCUCCUGUUUUAGUAUGUGAAAAAGAAGAUGAAAAUGAGUUUUCCUGUAAUAAUGAUGAACAAGAAUCUAUUGGAAGAACAAGAUCCAAAACUUAAGGAACUAAAAACAUUAUCAAACAUAAUAAACAUAAUGAUUUGACUGAACAACUUGAUUUAGCUAUUAAGCCAAAAGGAUUAUUAAAAAAUAGCAAUAAAAAAGAUACUUAAAGCUUAAAAAGGGUUUCGUUCUCUAUUCCAUCUCGUUGUACAUUCGAAUAUCGAUAAAUUGUUUAAACUGCGAUCAAUAAAUAUUAAGUGAAGUAGAAAAAAUGAAUCUUAAGUUGGUUUCAUCUUAUUUCUAUUUUACUAUUACCAAAUUUUGAAAUAAAAUAUUAUAUUCAUAU